UUCUGGGAAAUGAGAUAAAUGAACGGACGAUGGUUUUUUCCCGUUCACAUUAGAGAGAGUUGAUCUGAAAUGAGAAGUCCUUGAAAAGAAAACGGAGCUUCUCCUCCUCCGCGAGUUUUGGAUGGGUUUAUUAAAAUGAUUUGUCAGUAAUGUUUCUUAUUUGAGGAACAGAUUGAAUGGUGCGCUUUUUAACAACUUCACCUGAUAGGACACGCAUAAACACACGGAACUACCAUCUCUGAAUUUUGUUUUUCAUCUGUGUUUUGCAAAUGUUGCUCCCUAGCAUUUAUUAUAGCUGAAAUUGAGAGUUGUUUUGACGCGCUGGUGUUCGCGCGCAUUUCCACCCGCGCUUUUUUCCUCAGCUUCACUUUUUGGACUAGAAUUGGAUCAAAACUUAUACACGACGAUCUCUGUGCAGCUCGAGUGACUUUUGGUGUUCAAAAGCUGGUCGUCUUAUGCUGUGGUUUGCUAAAGGAGGAUGUCAGUAUUUCCUUCUAAAACUCAUCGUAAUCAACUCACUUUUCACAGUUUUCCAAGCGACCAAAUGUCUUUGCAAGGAUUACGCUAGGAAAUACGCAUACAUCAAGGACUUUACACCUGGAACUUAAAUAUGAAUGAUUCCAGUUGCAAUUCCAGCUCGUCCCGCUAUUCCCCUGAAAUAACAGCGGUGUUUGCCAUCACAAUGACUCUCAUCAUGCUCUUCACCAUCUUCGGGAACAUCAUGGUAAUCAUCGCCGUCCUCACCUGCCGCUCUUUGCGAGGCCCUCAAAAUCUUUUCUUGGUGUCUCUGGCAGCGGCGGACAUUUUGGUGGCCACUUUAGUCAUCCCGUUCUCCCUGGCUAAAGAAUUAAUGGGUUGCUGGUACUUCGAGUCAUUGUUGUGCGAGAUCAUCCUCGCAUUAGAUGUGCUUUUUUGCACAUCCUCCAUCAUUCACCUGUGCGCCAUCAGCCUGGACCGCUACCUAUCUAUAUCCCGACCUGUGCAGUAUGGCACCCAGCGCACUCCUCGAAAAAUUAAAGGCGCCAUUGUUAUUGUAUGGCUCAUUUCUGCCAUCAUCUCCUUCCCGCCUUUGGUCUCCAUGGAUAAACCCCAUCAGGUGAAGGGUGACCCGCGAACAACAUGCGAACUCAAUGAGGAUAAAUGGUAUAUUCUGUACUCCACCAUUGGGUCAUUCUUCGCCCCAUGCCUCAUCAUGAUCCUGGUCUACGUUCGCAUCUAUCAGAUUGCCAAGAAACACACAAGAUGUCCUCCAGGAGAGCCGAGGAAAGACAGUGCAGUAGGACGGGAGCUUCAGAAUGGCAAAGAUGGAGGUGUUGACUCCGCAAACAAUCCCAAUACAGCUCCAUCCAAAUCUGAAGCCAUAAACCAACCUCCGGUGCUAAUUGAGAGUGCGCAGAAGACGAAACGCUCGAGGAGAUGCAAGGAAAAUAAAGAGGAGAGCUCAAGCUCUGGAUCAGACGUUGAGGUUGUUGGCGGACAUGAUGCCAAUGGGACGAACUCCAAUAUAGCGGCGCUGGACACCGGCAACCAGACUCCCGCACAAUCCCAAUCAUAUCGAAACAUCAUCGCUACGUCGAAGGGCAGCAAACUAGCCAGUGCUAAAGCAACAGGGACUCCGAACACCAGAAGGAAAGCCAUGAUCGUGCGUGAGAAGCGCUUUACGUUCGUCCUCGCUGUGGUCAUUGGGGUUUUCAUCAUCUGCUGGUUCCCGUUUUUCUUCUCCUACAGCUUGCAGGCCAUUUGUCCAGAGAUGUGUAAAGUUCCAGAAGGACUUUUUACCUUCUUCUUCUGGAUCGGCUACUGCAACAGCGCCCUGAACCCGCUCAUCUACACAAUCUUCAACAGAGACUUCCGGAAAGCCUUCAAGAAGAUUCUGUGUAAGAGGUGCAAGGACUGCUCCUUCUGAAAGCAGACACUGGCUGGAAGUUGUUGUUUACUAUGAAGCGUGAUGGUUUCAUCUUAAAGUGAAGCUUGUGAAACUCUCUUGGUCAUAUUUCACCCACACUCAGAUAUUUAGCUAUGUGACAGUCCUACUGUUGUAGCGUAUACUUUUAUUAUCAGUUAUAUUUAUGUCUAUGAGACCUUUUUUACAAAAUUGCUCAUUAAGUUGUUUGUAGUGCGAGUGUGUGUGUGUGUGUU